AUGCACUACGGCUUCAUGCUCUACACUCCGGAAAGACCGGGAAUUACGCUAAACGUCGAGCAUUGCGCCAGAAUCACGUUCAUGACCGUCGACGACUUCUUGCGACAGGUGAAGCAGGACGGGUACCCUCCGCUAUCCGCAGAGGACGACGCGGUCCUUCGAGCUGCCUGCGAGAAGCUAGAGAGCUGUGGGGCGAGGCUGUUCCCGAACGGCGCCGUCAACCCAGAUGGCACUCGGGCCACAGAAGAUACUAGCCCUACGAACGAAGAUGUGGGGCAAAUGCCGAAGGUAGAUACCGCGACCGCUGUGGAAGAGUGUCGUCAUGCGCGGUCAAUGGAGGGCAGUACUGUACUCACUGCUGUUCAUAUGGUUCCACGGCCUAUGCUGCCGAAUGCCACAUUGAGAUCGUUUCUCGCUCUCACGUAG